AAGAGGUUAAUUCAAUGUCAUGUUCCAAAGAGCUACAGCAAAGCAACAUCAUGACUUGUUGCCACGUGGUCGUCAUAUUUUUUCUGAUGAUAUCCAGAAGUUUGGCUUCUCCCAAUAUUUUACUUUUCGUAGCAGACGACAUGGGUUAUGGCGAUCUGUCUAUUUAUGGACACCCUACACAAGAGAUGGGUCCCAUUGAUCAACUCGCCUUGCAAGGAUUAAAGUUUACCAGUUGGUAUGCAGCGCACACAUUCUGCUCUCCGAGUAGAGCCGCUAUGCUCACUGGCCGUCUUCCAGUGAGGUACAAUUUUGUUGGUGGCUACACUGUCCUGAUACAUAAACAUUAUCUUGGAUUGCCCCUUGAAGAGUACACUAUUGCUGAAGCCUUGAGAGACCAAGGUUAUGCUACUGGUAUUGUGGGGAAAUGGCACCUAGGUGUGAAUGCGCACACGGAUACAGAUGGAAGCUUCUUGCCUCAUAAUCAAGGGUUUUCCCAUCCUGCCACCAUACUGCCAUAUACACUGUUUUAUGACUGUGACACAACAGGGGUUCACCGUCACCAACAGAACCGAAACCGCUGCAUGAUCUACAGGAAUAGUACUAUUGUCCAGCAACCAAUUAAGCAAGGAAAGUUGACUGCAACUCUUGUGGAAGAUGCCAAAGCCUUCUUGUAUGAUCAUAAAGAUGAGCCAUUUUUCUUCCUUUUCUCCUUCCCGCAGGUCCACACCCCUAUGUUUAAUGAUGUGAGGUUUAAUAAAUCAUCAAAAAGAGGUGAAUAUGGUGACCAAAUCAACGAGAUGAGCUGGGCAGUUGGAGAAGUUAUGGCAACUUUGUCCACCCUGGCACUGGAUGAGAAGACUUUGGUCAUAUUUUUGUCUGACCAUGGCCCUCAUCGGGAAAUUUGCAAGGAAGGAGGCAGCUCUGGCAUUUUUAAAGGUGGGAAAGGCAACUUCUAUGAGGGUGGUGUCCGUGUUCCAGCCAUAAUGAGAUGGACGGGGGUCAUCCCUCCAGGCCGCGUGUCCAGUCAAGUGGUCAGCAGUAUGGACCUGUUACCAUCUCUGGUCAGCCUUGUGGGAGGACAGCUGCCAAAUGUACACCUAGAUGGAGAAAAUAUGUUGGAUAAGAUAUUUGGGAAAUUGGAAUUAACAGACGUUAAUUCUGGACAUUUUCAUAAAAAAGACCAUGAUGCUUUGAAAAGAGACAGGGCACUGUUUUUCUACUGUGAUAACCAUCUGAUGGCAAUACGCUACAAGUCAUUUAAGGUGCACUUCAGGACGCACCCCCUUGCUUCAGAAGAAUUCAUUCUAAAAAACUGCCCCGUAGCUGGGGUACCUAUAGACACAGAGCUUCACGUGGAGCACUAUUGCAACAAGACAAUACAGCAGGAGGUGCCACUGUUAUUCAAUGUGGAGGAAGACCCGGGGGAAAUGUUUGCUCUUGACUGGGAGGAUUAUCAGGAUAUUUCAAAUGAAAUUCAAGAUAUACUCAGGAAGCAUCAAGAGACGUUGCCUGAAGAUUUAGAUGGCCAUGGUAUAACAUCCUUUGACAACACAGAUAUGUUUGUGCUUCCCUGUUGCAAUAAACCAUACUGUAUUUGUGACUUCACUAGUGAGCCUCCAUGUCCAGCUUCAUGAUGAUUUGUUUACAGUGUGUUCAUAAACAUCCUUUCAGAUAACAUCAUGUUAAAAUUUUCUGUGAUGUAAUUUGUUUCUUUUGUCUUUUUACCUCUGUAUUUUGU